GCUACUCGCGGCCGACGCGUGCACCGAGCCUGGACGCCUCCGCGACGCGAGCAAGCUGCACCUGCGCAGUUCGAGCCGGCCAAUCCAGGUCCGGGCUGGAUUCGGUGGCGGGAGCGGUGGGUCGGACGGCCUGAGAGGGCGGGGCGAGUGCAAGUUCUGGGUCGCAAGGUCGGGGUGUUAAGGAGCGUGGCAGAGACGACGCGAACGGACGAGGCAGGAAGCAGCUGUCUGCCCGGCCCCCCGCGGCGAGCAGUCCCAGGAUGCUCCGCGCCGCACCGCGCCUGGCCCCGGACUCCAUUUCCCAGCAGCCACUGCGGCUGGCGCCGACAGCCUGCCCGAGCGCUUUGGCCCCUUUGUGAGUCCGCCCGUCGGGCCCGAGAUCGAGUCCACGCCCCGGCCGCAGAGCGCUCAGCUCCCAGCCUCCGCGAACGGUGCGGAGCGAAGUGCCGACUCUCGGGGAGAAGGCGGUGAGGAGCCCGGGCUCUGUUUUCUCUGGACACUGCCCUUCUCCCAAAGAGAAGCCAGAAGGUGGAGGACAGAAGGGCUGUCCUAAAUUCUUAAAGCCAUGUCUGAGGAUUUGGUGACAUUUGGGGAUGUGGCUGUAGAUUUCUCUCAAGAGGAGUGGGAAUGGCUGAACCCUGCUCAGAGGAAUUUGUACAGGAAAGUGAUGUUGCAGAACUAUAGGAGCCUGGUAUCACUGGGAGUUUCAGUUUCUAAGCCAGAUGUGAUCUCAUUAUUGGAGCAAGGAAAAGAGCCCUGGAUGGUGAAGAAGGAGGGGACAAGAGGAGCAUGCCCUGAUUGGGAGUAUGCAUUUAAAAACAAUGAAUUUUCAUCAAAGCAAGUUAUUUAUGAGGAAUCAUCCAAAGUAAGGACAAUGGGAAGAAGCCAUCUUAGUUAUAACCUUGACUGCUCCAGUUUGAGAGAAGACUCUAAAAAUGAGGACUGGUUUAAGAACCACUUGGGAAGUCAGGAGAUACAUUCUAGUCAAUUGAUCAUCACUCAUAAAGAAAUCCUGACUAAAGAUCAAAGUAAUGAAUAUACUAAAUCUUGGCAAACUUUCCAUCAGGAUGCAAUCUUUGAUAUAAGGCAGAGUUGUCCCACCAAAGAAAGAAUACAUAAGCAUGAGCCACGAAAGAGAAGCUACCGGAAAAAAUCUGUUGAAAUGAAACGUAAGAAAGUCUACGUAGAAAAGAAACUUUUGAAAUGUAAUGAAUGUGAGAAGGUUUUCAACCAGAGCUCAUCUCUUACUCUUCAUCAGAGAAUUCACACUGGAGAGAAACCCUAUGCAUGUGUUGAAUGUGGGAAAACCUUCAGCCAGAGUGCGAACUUAGCUCAACAUAAGAGAAUACAUACUGGAGAGAAACCCUAUGAAUGUAAAGAAUGUAGGAAAGCCUUCAGCCAGAAUGCCCAUCUUGCUCAACAUCAGAGAGUUCAUACUGGAGAGAAACCUUAUCAGUGUAAAGAAUGUAAAAAAGCCUUCAGCCAGAUUGCACACCUGACUCAACAUCAGAGGGUUCAUACUGGGGAAAGACCUUUUGAAUGUAUUGAAUGUGGAAAGGCCUUUAGUAAUGGCUCAUUUCUUGCUCAGCAUCAGAGAAUUCACACAGGAGAGAAGCCUUAUGUAUGUAACGUGUGUGGGAAAGCCUUCAGCCAUCGAGGAUACCUAAUUGUACAUCAGAGAAUUCAUACUGGAGAGAGACCCUAUGAAUGUAAGGAAUGUAGGAAAACCUUCAGCCAGUAUGCACACCUGGCUCAACAUCAGAGAGUUCAUACUGGAGAGAAACCUUAUGAGUGUAAAGUGUGUAGGAAAGCCUUCAGCCAGAUUGCAUACCUUGAUCAACAUCAGAGGGUUCAUACUGGAGAGAAGCCCUAUGAAUGUAUCGAAUGUGGGAAGGCCUUUAGCAACAGCUCGUCACUUGCACAACAUCAGAGAAGUCAUACCGGAGAGAAACCUUACAUGUGUAAGGAAUGCAGGAAAACAUUUAGCCAGAAUGCAGGCCUUGCUCAACAUCAGCGAAUUCACACUGGAGAGAAACCUUACGAAUGUAACAUUUGUGGGAAAGCCUUUAGCUACAGUGGAUCUCUUACUCUACAUCAAAGAAUUCAUACUGGGGAAAGACCCUAUGAAUGUAAGGAUUGCAGGAAAUCUUUCAGGCAGCGAGCACACCUUGCUCAUCAUGAGAGAAUUCAUACCAUGGAGUCAUUCUUGACUCUUUCCUCCCCCUCACCCUCCAUGUCCAGUCAGUUGCCAAGACCUGUAGGUUCUAUCUCCUAAAUAUGCCUUGAAUCUGACUCUAAUUAAUUUCCAUUCUAUCAUCUUUGUCCUCACCCUCCAUGUCCAGUCAGUUGCCAAGACCUGUAGGUUCUAUCUCCUAAAUAUGCCUUGAAUCUGACUCUAAUUAAUUUCCAUUCUAUCAUCUUUGUCCAGUACACAAUAAUCUAUUUGACAUGGACUAUGGAAGUAACUCUCUAAUUGAUCUCCCUGUGUUUACCAUUUCCUGCUAGUAGUGCAUAUUACAGUCAAACUUGUGUUUAAAAAUUUAAUAUCACUUCUCCAUCAUUAAAACCCUUCAUUGGCAUCCCAUAGGUCUUAGGUCAAGGCACACAUUCCUCAAAAUAGCCUAAAAGACCUCCAACCCCCAAUACUUUGUUCCAGUCUACAUUUCAGAGUCCCAUCUCAUGUUAUCCACCUCAUUCUUUGGCUACUUAUCAACAUUAAGAAUUUAUAGUGCAGCAUCAAAUAGAUCUGGGUUCCAAUUCUUACUCUUACAUUUUCUGACCCUCUAGUUUUGGAGAAACCUUUUGUCCCUUCUAAGCUUCAGUCUUUUUAUUUAUAUUAUGGAAAAUAAUAAUGGUACUACCUCAAGUUAAUGUAAGGAUUAAAUGAGAUAAUGCAUGUGAACUGCUCAGCAGAGUGCCUAGCAUAAAGUAAUCACUCAAUAAACACUAAUGUAAAAUAAAAAGGUACUAUGAAAAAAGAAUAUCAUCUCAGCAAUGAUUAUCUGCGAAAUAACAAAGCAACCCAAAAGACUGUAAAGGUUUUUGAUUAGGAACAGCAGUCAUUGUUCUAAAGGUGGGUGAUAGGGGUAUCCAGCACAGGAGAGUUAAUGUUGGAGUCCAUGAUGACAGAGUAAGAUGGGGGCUUCUGUUUCAACAUGAAUACACAGAGAUAUGAUUUUGUUGAUAAGAAAAACUAACUUCAUUAUAUAGUCAACAGUUUUAAGAAGCCAGGUGUUAAAAAUCACUUGUAAUAAGUAAAAUUUACUGAGAUGUAUUCAUCAUUUGCAUUUAAAUAAAGGCAAUAUAGUUUUAAAAGACAGAAAACUUUAAAAGAUCAAUAACCAAAGAAGAAUAGAAAGUAAAAUUUAAGUUUAACUCACCUCUCUUAAUUCCAGGUAGAUGAAUUGUAUUAAACACAUGUCAUUUAAAUAGAAAAGUUGUUAAGCUUCUAAGCUGUAAUUCCAAAACUAGAGGGAAAAGAAACCAAAACUAGAGGUCAAAACUCAUCAACAUGUUUGAUUUGAUAUGCAUCAAGUUUCAAAUGAAUAUGAAUACCUUUAGAUGGACAUGUGUUUUCCAGUUCUCCACAGUUCAAACCACUACCUGUUCCCUUACAUCUGACUUGUUUUACACUUUAUAUUACUUCCUGACUCCUGAAGGCUUUGAGCAUGCAAUCAAUGCAGUAACCAGUUCUCUUGUGAACAUAAGUACAAAGAAAAUAACUAAAGUUUAAUGGAGGAUUAAAAGAAUAGACUUUUUAUCCUUCUGUAGGGGAAGACUCAGUACUCUACAGAUGUUAAUAGGCCCCAAAUUAAUCUAUAGAUUUGUUAGUAGGCCUCAAAUUAAUCUAUAGAUUCUUUGUACCUGACAAAAUAAGGCUUUCUUUUUAAGGCUUGAAACAUUGUGUUUGCCAACAUACACACAUACACAUUCACAACAUACACACAUAAAGGAAAUAUAUAAUAAAGGUGAUAUUUCAUGUCAGUGGCUUAACAGUAUUGGUAAAUGAGAUUCGGCUCAAAAAAAUUAUUUCUGUACAAAACAAUCACCUCAUUCUUUUAUCCAGAUGCAAAACAGAGUCAUUAGAGGACACCAUAACAUGCUUUAUUAUCAUGAAGAAUGGUCUUCCUAAAUACGACAUGAGAUCCAGAAGCCACACACACAAAGAUUCUAGG